AGCGAGCAGUGUUUCAGUCUGGACUGUAAACUGAGGCGGAAGACACGUGUACAUGUGCCGGAUGUAAACACAGCUACCACGUGUUCAAGUGACUGUGCCUCACACAUGUCCUCACUCUCAGCAGGCGGCUGGUGAUCUGUGCGCAUGGUUAUUGGGCUCAUAAGAGGCUGUUUUGGAAGGACAACUCCAUGAAUGCGAUCCAUUGAACCCGAGACACGUUUUGAGGUCCAGUCAUGGCAGGCAGCAGAGGUCGAGGCAGGAGCCAGUUUACCUUCAAUGUGGACGCGCUGGGGUUUGGGAGGGGUGACUCCUUACCCACUUCUGCACAUACACCUUCUCCACUUUUUCCUCCUAUGCAGUUUAAGCCAGUACCUCUGCAUACAGGAGAAGAGGUGGACUAUAUGCUCGCUCUUAAGCAGGAGCUGAGAGCCUCCAGCAAGAACCUGCCGUUCCACAUAAAAGCAUUCAGAACAAAGACAGAUGUGGCUCGUUACUCUGAUAAAUAUCAAAACGGAGAGACGAAGAACAACUGCAUUGAAUGGAGUCCAGACUGGAGCCGAAUGCCAAAAGAGCUUUGCAUUAAAGUACGGAAACCCCGCAAAACAGGUGCCAAGCCACAACUCACAAAAAAAACAAAAGUAGCUGCUGGUAAAGAAGAGGUUCUCCAAAAACUAGAGACACUUGAGAAAAGAGAAGAAGAGCAGCAUUCUGAGGAAGAGGAGGAUGAAGGGAAGAAGAAACAGAAUGAGGAAGAGGAGGAGCCAGAUGCAGAUCAAGACUAUGAUGAAGAGGAUCUUGAAGAUGAGACAGACUACAUCAUGUCUUACUUUGACAACGGAGAGGAUUUCGGAGCAGAUAGUGAUGACAAUAUGGAUGAAGCUGUCUACUAAUGUAUUUAGGAGGCAUUUUAUUUAACGAGUAUUUCUAUGAGUGACACUGAAAGUAUAUAUAUUUCAAGAAGAAGUGUUUUAAUUCAUGUGCUAUCUUGACACAUACUGAAUCUGAUUGUGACUGACUAAUACUGUGAAGAUCCAGAGAGUCAGUGCUGCUGCUAAAGAUGCUGUUCUGGGAUUUCUAAGCUGCUUCACGUAAACAGAUCGUGAUCGAUACAGAUACUGCUGCUAUUCCAACAGUGCUGGGAUGUUGCUCAGAGAUAAUCUGCUUUUAAUUUCUGUUUUAUUACUGUAAUUGGAAAGCUCAGUUUAAAAAGGCGGCGCACAGAAGCCAUCAUUCCUUUUUGUCAGACAGGGAGGACACUACAGACCGUUUACCUGCAUAUUUAAUGCAUCUCGUGUUUACACCUGAUAAUGCCUUGAAUUGUGAAUUACACCUGUAAAAGAGUGACUUCAUCUGUUUUAAGCUUUGUGUGUGUGUGUGUGUGAUAAAUAUUAGGGGAAAAUGAAUUAACGGUACAGAAAAUUUUAUUUUUAGGCAGCAUGUGAAGUCAUCUGAUACAUUUUUAUUCUGUAGUUUGACAGACCCAGUCUUUAUUCACUUCCAUUAUAUGAAAAAUAACAGUUUAGUGUGGGCAUUCUUACAAAAUUGGUCUUUUGUGUUCCAUAGAAGAAUGAAAGUCAUGUGUUUGUAAUGAAUGUGAGUAAAUGAGGACAUUUUUAUGUGAGCUAUUUCUUUAAGAGUAGAGUUUUUCUUAUGUAUCAUCAGGCAGCCGGCAGGUGGCGAUAUUUCUCUUCAGUGUAUGAACUGUAACUAUUAUGAGCUCUUACAAUAAAUCACAUGAUUAUAGAGCUAUAACUAACCAGUGUUUUAACAGUGCAGGCAAGAUUUUACAAAGCAAUAUCAAAAUAACAUAAGCUUUAGUGCUUUCAUUUCAGAACUGCACAUGCUGGACUUUGUAUGCUAUUUUAUUUGAUAAAAUAUUUGUCUGUAAGCCCAACUUUUUUUUUCAUUAUUCAGUUGAAAUGCAUGCUAUAGGGUGUGUUUAGUGCAAUGAUAUUCAUCUUAUUUUACUGCAUCAUUCCUCAUUGACAGAUUUAUGCUGUUUGUGCAGCAACAUUCUGCAGAGCUAAAAGUUCAGCUAAAAAAUAUCAGCUCCCCUCUAACAUUAAACUUAUUUAAUUUCAAAUCAUUUUGAAGUAGUUUAUUGGCAUGACUGUGUUCACAUUCUGUUAAAGCAUUAUACAAGUAUAUUAUGUAAGUAAUGGCAAGAAAAAAAAGGAAAUAUACAAUA